AUGGUUUCACCCUUAAUAACUCCUUUCAGAUUUGCUAUAGUUGAAGAUGAAGUAUACCGUGGAGCGUAUCCAAAAAAUCGAAACUACCGUUUUCUGAAAAGAUUAAAACUUAAAACAAUGCUUUCCCUUGUACCUGAUCCACCAGUACCCGAACUCUUAGAAUUUUGCCAAAAUGAAAAUAUAAAAAAUAUACAUUUUCAUGUUCGUAAGGUUAAAGAUAAUGUACCAUUAAAUUAUAAUAAAGUUGUUCAAUUAAUACAGAUAAUAAUAGAUCCAUCUAGUUUACCAGUAUUUGUACAUUGUUUAGACGGUGCAAAUGUUACAGGAUUGGUUAUAGCUUGUUUAAGAAAAUUGCAAAUGUGGAACAUAUCUUCAGCUAUGGGCGAAUUCCUAAGGUAA